AUGGUUUAUAGCGGUCGCUGGAGUCUACACCUGAUGACACUGCAGAGACCGCGAGCCGACGAUGAUUACGACCGAUUGAGUAGCGGUAGUUUAGAGGAGACAAGUGAUAGUAAGAUGCAAUUAGAUGGCCCAAGCAUUAAAGUUGUUAAGUAA